GUCAUUAAUAAUGGAGAAUCCCGACUUUGAUGAUGAAGUGAAGCAGUUGAUGGAAGGAGUACUAGGGUACUAGCCCUACUAGGGCUAACACAGUAAGAGGAUUCCAGUGCUACUAAUCAUAAUCACUACUAAUGAUAGGAUUAUUCCUCGACGUUCAACUCAAACUUAUGACGGGGAGUAUAAUACAUCCCCUCGAUGAAGAGUAGAUGAUAAUAGGCAUGGUAGUAGUAGUAGUACUACCAAUUACUACUACUACUACAGAACAUGCUUGUAUAAAGUUCAUGACGAGAUUCAAGGUGGUGAUGAUUAAGAAUAGAUAUCAAGGACAAUGUUAAUAUAUGGCCAAGGUGGUCGAGCAGCACCACCACCAUCAGCGGUGGCGGCGGCGGCUAUGGUGGUACUGGUGGCUCAUAACCCUUCUGAGUAGAGACCUGGUGCUCAAUUCUUGUAAUGCUCCUCAAGGCCUUCAAAGUGAUCAAAGACGAAUGGGGCUCCGGUCUCGUGAUGAUGAAAGGAGGUUGGAAAGAGGAGGUCAUUCCAUCAUCAUUUCGUUUUGCAUGGGAAGCGAUGGAAAUGCCAUAGAAACUUGUUCGAGAUGUAGGCUGCUGAUCCUUAGGACUGUCAUCAACAUCCGAGCAGCUGCCAGCAGCAGCAGCAGCAUCCGACGAGCAAUCACUCUAUACUCGAUUACAAGUUAUAAUUUACAACCUGGAGUUUGGAACCUGAGGUUCAAAGUGAUGAACCCGGAAGCGGACGAUGAGGUUGUUGUCUUAUCAACACAACGGUUGGUAUGCUACUUUCUUACAACUGGAUCACUCAAUAGGACGAUGAGACGGCUACAUGAGUGCUGCUGACGGGAAAGAAUGACUCGAGUAGUAGCUGUCAUGAAACAGCAGCUUCCAGCAGCUCUCCUA